AUGGCAGAAACACACGACGACAACCCAGCCCUCUUUGAGGAAGAUGAUCACCGAGCAGUCUAUAUCUUCGCCCCAGCAGGCCACAAUUCCUCCCCACUGCAAGAGAAAGCACGGCCAGUGAAAAGGCGGAGAGUCAGCAGUAAACGCGCUUCUGCCGCCGCGGAAGUAGCAGCAGAUGCGGAGGGAGAGACGCAGUCGACAACGACUGCUGCUGCCUUUCCUCGGCUGUUUGGGGGGGAGGAGAGCGCGGAAGCUGCGGGGUUGAGGAGACAGGUUUUUGAUACGGCGUGGCCGGUUCUUGAUUGGCGGAUUAAGAAUGUCUUAAGAGAGGCGAACCGAACGACACUAGAGAAUGUCAGCUCGUUUAUACGCGAUGCUGAGGGUGAUGCAACAAGAGGAACCAGAAUCCCAGCAGGCUUCAUUAUCACCGGCCCCAACAUCGUCUCCCAAGAUCUCCUGUUCGAACAACUCUCCGAAGCUCUCGGCAAAGCCACACAAGCCCGGUUUGUCCGUCUACGGGCGGCUGGGGCGCCAAACCUUAAGGCGGCGCUCAAAAAGGUGAUAAGAGACGCCACUGCGCAGGUGUCUCUUGACGGCGGCGGCGAUGGGGAUGAAGACGCCGAGGUUGCCUUUGGCCGUGAUGGCAGGAAGUACCUCGACUAUGACCUGGAGGGAUUACACGCUUUUCUCGGCGCACAGCAGGACUCUUCGAGACGAGUUAUUGUGGCGUUUGAGGAUAGCGAGGCGUUUGAGAGCUCGUUGUUGACUGAUUUGCUUGCUCUUUUUCAUUCAUGGCAGGGACGCAUCCAGUUCUCUGUGCUCUUCGGCAUCGCUACCUCGGUAGAGCUGUUUCAGGCACGACUCCUCAAGUCUACUGCCCGACAAUUAUUUGGUGCCAAGUUCGAUGUCGUCCAGGCGGACUUGGUCCUUGAUAAUGUCUUCAAGAGCGCCAUUGCUGGGACGCAGGCGACGCUUCGCCUGGGGCCUACAUUACUGAGGCGUUUGCUCGAUCGCCAGCGGGAUCAGGUUGCUGGUAUUCGGGUGUUUAUCAGCUCUAUCAAGUACGCCUACAUGUGCCACUUUUACGCCAACCCUUUGAGUGUCCUACUUGCGGACGAAAAGUCUCUCACCCGUCAGCUGCUUCAACCUGAGCACAUUCAGGCUGUACGGACUCUUGACUCCUUUAAGGCACAUGUCGAGGCCGCGGUGGACGCGAGACAGCUCAACCAUGCACAGUCACUCGUCGAAGAUGACAGUUACCUCGUUAAGCAGAUGGUUGAGCAGCGGCAGAAAAAGCAAGAUUAUCUCAUGCAACUCUUGCGCUCUUUACACCUUCUAACCAGCAUGGAUCUCGUUCCCGGCCGUUUCACCGAUCUCUACGUGGCCGCUCUCGCAGGGGGACUCGAUCUAACGCCCACCAUCGACGCCAUAAAACGAUUAGGAGCAGACGACGUCCCCGCCCUAAUCAACCGCCUACUGACCGCCAUCCAAACCGGCAGUCCCGACCUCGACCUGCCCGGCUGGGAGGACGAAGCCGAGGAGCUCAUCAGCUCCCUCUCCGAGAUCCGCGACGAGAUUGAGGCCCUAGCCGAGCAAGCCAGAGAGAAAGGACAACAAGCCCUCAAGAGCAAAUUCACCGCCCAAAGCAAAGUCCUCCGCACGACCGUCGUCGCCCAAAAGGUACAGCUCAGCCAAGACACGGCCAAACUCACAGACGAAGACAAGGCCUUCGGCAAGGCCAUCGACUCGCUCGUGGACUUGUUCACUCACAAUAUCUACAGCGAUCCCAUCGAUAGCCUGUUCUUGCACGAAGCAUGGGCGUACGACGCCGAGGCUCCCUACCGGGACGUCUUUGUUCCGCGGCCGGGAACGACCUUUGAGCGAGCCCUGACGAGGCCGCAUGGGUAUCUCGGGUGUGAGUGCUGCAGCAAGGCCGCGGGGACGCUCUCCGCUACGCUGCCGACGACGUGUAUUCUGUAUCAACUAUACCUGGAGACGGGGUCCUUGGUUAAUGCGGCGGAUCUGUGGUCUGCGUACUAUGCGCUUGUGGGCGAGGAGUCGGAUGCUGGACUUGGAUUGGGCGAGAGAGAGGCGUUGGGAAGGUUCUAUCGUGGCUUGGCGGAGCUGAGGUUGAUGGGCUUUGUUAAGCAGAGUAAGAAGAAGGCGGAUCAUGUUGCUAAGGUGAAGUGGCUGCUGUGA